CGUUUUACAAUGCUUCACAGGUCCAUGAAACUGUUACGUCGGAUGGAAAUAAAGUUAGGGUAGCAAUAGAUUCCGGACAACCGGUUGAAUGGACUACAGAGGAUAAUUAUAAGUUCACCUUAUCCAAGUUUCAAAUAAUCGUGCCGUCAAACAGAUAUAACGAAGUAAGAUCAUUGAUAAAAACCGAUAUAUCAGAUUUAUCCAUAUCAAGACCUCGAUCUAGAUUAAAUUGGGGGGUGGAUGUUCCUGGAGACGAUGAACAAAUAAUCUAUGUCUGGUUGGAUGCUUUGAUUAGUUAUCUGACCGUUGGCGGAUAUCCUUGGGAUACAAAGGGCGAGCAUGGGAAGGAAAGCUUUACGGGCAGAAAACCCAAUGCUUGGCCUGCCGAUAUUCACAUAGUCGGAAAAGAUAUUAUAAAAUUUCAUACAAUCCUAUGGAUUUCUUUUUUGAUGGCAGCAAAAUUACCAUUGCCAAAGAAAAUACUGGCGCAUUCUCAUUGGACAUUAGAAAAACAUAAGAUGUCAAAAAGUCGCGGAAAUGUUAUUUGCCCAUUUAAAUUAAUGAAUCAUUAUGGUGUUGACGCUGUAAGAUAUUAUCUAUUGAGGGAUGGUGGCAUUGCUGAUGAUGGAGCUUAUUCGGAACACAUAAUUGGUGGAAGAUAUCGAAAAGACUUGGCGGGACAAAUUGGAAAUCUGAUCUCACGGAGUACUUCACAUUCACUUAAUCCAUCGUCGAUAGUACCCAAGUCGCCACUGCUUGAUGGUAAUCUAAAAGAAAACGAAGUUGCAUUGAUGAACAUACUAACCAAUUUACCAAAUCUCGUGGAUAAACAUUUUGAGAAGUUUGAAUUCAGCAAAGGUUUGGGCUUAAUUUUCGAUGCCAUUGCCGAAGUCAAUAAAUAUUUCACGGACUGUGAACCAUGGAAGUUGGUCUCUAGCCCUCAUGCACGCACCCCGGAGAAUGAAGAACUUCUCAAUAGGACAUUGUUCUUUUCCGCCGAGACUUUACGUAUAGCCGGUAUACUAUUACAAUCAGUAAUGCCUACCAAGAUGUCGGAACUAUUGGAUAAUCUUAGUGUUGGAAAGGAUGAAAGGAAGUGGAGCGAUGCUAAAUUAGGAAACGGUUGGCCAACCAUGAAAGACGGAAAAAUCGUGAAGUUUGAUGUUAAAGGACAGUUGUUCCCAAAGUUGAAGGAUUGA